GUAUAUAUUUAGAGUGUAUAGCGAACGUGUGAGGCGGGCUGAAUGCUUGCACUGGCAAGCGGUCGGGAUAAUUCAUAAUCGACAUACGGUCGACACAACCUGAGCGAACGCGCCAUCAGGCAGCAGCACAGUCGUGGUACAGCAGUGCAGUAGUGAAGUAGAGCAUCAGCACAGCAGUGAAGUACAGUACCGUAGCAGUAGCAGUAGCAGCGUCCUCUAUCUUCGAUAUUACAGGUAUUACACAAUUAUUACUAUUCUUAUUAUUCCUUCCACGCGGAAAUGCACAUUGGCGAUCCUGCCAGUGCACUUUUAGUGCUUAAUUGAACCUAUAAUCUCAGGGAAAAGAUCCAAAAUCCGAUAAUCUGUUAAAAAAGUUACUCUACGCACCAUUCUCUAACGUUUGUCCACCUUUCUUCAGUUAUUGGUUGAAAUUUUCCUUUUUCGCAAACUUUUCUAUAAAAUUCUUCAUAAAAAAUAUUCGGUUCCUAAGCGGCGUAACGGGAUGCCCACAAAAAUUCAACCUUGUUUCAAAAAGUCCUCGGAUGUCCGCUAAUUCAACCUUAUUUCAAAGUGAAAGUCCUUGGCAUGACCGGAUGACCGUAAAUUUUGUCCUCAAGUGGAACAAUGUCCAGAACAGUCCUAGGCGUGACGGGAUGUCCGCAAACUUUGUCCUCAAAUGGAAUAAUGUCCAGAAAAGUCCUUGGCGUGACGGGAUGUCCGCAAACUUUGUCCUUGAACAACGUUCGUAAAAGUCCUCGGCGUGACGGGAUGUCCGCAAACUUUACCCUCAAAUAGAACCACGUCUAAAAAAGUCCUAGGCAUGACGGGUGUCCGCAAACUUUGUCCUCAAAUGGAAUAAUGUCCAGAAAAGUCCUUGGCGUGACGGGAUGUCCGCAAACUUUGCCCUUGAACAACGUUCGUAAAAGUCCUCGGCGUGACGGGAUGUCCGCAAACUUUACCCUCAAAUAGAACCACGUCCAAAAAAGUCCUAGGCGUGACGGGUGUCCGCAAACUUUGUCCUCAAAUGGAAUAAUGUCCAGAAAAGUCCUUGGCGUGACGGGAUGUCCGCAAACUUUGUCCUUGAACAACGUUCGUAAAAGUCCUCGGCGUGACGGGAUGUCCGCAAACUUUGCCCUCAAAUAGAACCACGUCCAAAAAAAAGUCCUAGGCGUGACGGGAUGUCCGCAAACUUUGUCCUUGAACAAUGUCCAAAAAGUCCUCGGCGUGACCGAAUGUCUGCAAACUGUGCCCUAAAAUGGGAAAAUGUUUAGGAAAGUCCAAAGCGUCAAGUGUUUCCUCAAAUUUAUCUGUGGUACCAAAGGUCGUACCAUCUCGUACACUAGGAAAAUGUACAAAAACAAAAUAACUGUUUUUGAGCUAGCAAGAACUAAUGAAACUGGGAAAAUAUAUGACUAAGUUAGCCUAUUUGUCGGUCGUAUUUAUUUCAGAUCGAAAAGUGACUCGAUAUAGAGCAUAAUGUCCAGUAAUGGCAGAUAUGUCAGAGCCCCGAAGUAUUUUAACGAAGAAGUCAGUGAAGACGAGUGUGAAUCGGUUCUUCCAGAAGAGGUCACUUCGUUAAGCGACCGAGGCAACGAUUCUUCUGAUGAGAACUGCGAUUCCGACAUCCCAAGCGACCCCGUGCCUGCAGCCGGCUGGUCAUCACAGGACCAGGACGACGACGAACCUUUUGUUAACCAGGAUACCACAUACAGCGAGACCAAUAGGCCUUCCGGACGCUCAGAAAAUGGAAAAAUUCCAUCGGACACCGAUGAGCGCUUCAGGCGGAUGGAAAGCGUACUCGCGAAUAUUACCGAGACACUUCACUCGAUGAAUACAAUGCGUCCUAUCCCCGUAGCCGACCAGGACUGGUGUACCCCAAGCACCUCACAUGAUGUUACCUUGCCGACCGUGCGCUGGGACAACAUCAAACCCUUUCCAGCUGGGGUUCCUGCGAACAAAAUGUGGGAAGAAUGGAACAGGUACAUAGAGAACUUCGAAAUUGCAGCAUCGCUCAGUAAUGCUAAUGAUCCAGUACGAAGAUCACAACUGCUAUUCCUUUCGAUUGGAGAUGAGUUGCAAAACAUCGUUAGAGCAGCUAAGCUGAGACCGAGCUUGAACGACGCGAACUGUUAUCGACAAUUUGUUGCCAACAUCAGAAACCAUUUCCAGGCUAUGACGGAUUCAGCAGCCGAACAUGAAGCCUUUUCCAACAUGCGCCAAGACAAAAACGAAUCCUCAAUCGCAUUCCACGCGCGCUUAACAGCGAAGGUUCGACUCUGCGGGUAUAGUCCUACGGAUCAGGAUAGAUUCGUAAGGGCACAGCUGUUGAAAGGUUUGAGAAAUAAGGAACUAGUGAAGGCGGCAAGAACAUAUGGACACGACACUAACUACAUAGUGCAGGCGGCUACGCGUGAUGAAGCAUACGAGGCAGAGGUUGCAACCCAAUCGGGAAGCUUGGACUCAUAUUCGGUCAAUCGCGUUCAAAGACAGACCGCAAGACAGCCACCACACCGCGACACCUUCAGGAAACGCCCUGGGUCAGGAAGUUUGUUGGACCGAUCUCAACCGAAACGUUUUCGGGGAAAUCAGCAAGCUCCGCGAGCUGACUUGCAGGACCGUGGACGGCGUACUCGUUGUCGGCGAUGCAAUGGGGUGCCGCAUUCCAACUUUACUUGUCCAGCGUUGACCAGAAAUUGCAAUUCGUGUGGAGAGCGUGGGCAUUACGCAGCCGCAUGUCGUCAGACGCGUAUUCGGCAAGUUCAGGUCAAGACUAAUGGAUCCCCACCGCGCGAAGACUACGGCGAUCACGAUCAGCAUGUAAACGCACUUUCGCUUGAAGACGUAUUGGUCACCUGUCGUCUAGGCUCAUCAAGUCCGCUCGAAAUGCUCGUUGAUUCUGGUGCGGAUAUAAACGUGAUUAGUGGAAGGGAUUGGGUUCGCCUGAAACAAGAGCAUAUGUCAGGUAAAGCGCAUCUGAGCAUAAUUAAAAAUCGUAACACAAAGAACAUCCACGCAUAUGGAACACGAACUCCUUUGGCAGUGGAGUGCUCGUUUGAGGCUGAAAUCACUGCUCCGAAGCACUACGCACCACCUAUUCAGGCAGUUUUCCAUGUAGUUCGUGACGGGUCACGAUCACUGCUUGGUCGUUCAACAGCCAGUGACAUGGGAAUCCUGCAUGUUACAACCCCGGCGAGAAACACAGUCAGCAACAUCGAAAGUGAUUGUAAGGCAGGCAUAUUCCCAAAAAUGCCGGGAGUCAAGGUGAGAUUCAGCGUGAAUAGGGAUGUACCGCCAGUUAAAAAUGCGUAUUACAACGUCCCGGCGGCUUUCCGGCAAGCAGCGAAAGUUCGACUUGAAGAAAUGGAAGCUCAGGGCAUCAUCGAAAAAGUUACCACUGCUCCAAACUGGAUCAGUGGAAUGUCUGCCGUCGCCAAGGGGAAGAACGACUUCCGGCUGGUGGUGAACAUGCGGGCCCCCAAUAGAGCAAUAAAUCGAGAGUAUUUCCGGCUACCUUUGCUCGAGGAAAUGAAGGUGAAACUCCACGGAGCGAGAUAUUUUACCAAGCUCGACUUAAGUAAUGCAUUCUACCAUCUGGAGUUACAUCACGAAUGUCGCGAUCUUACUACGUUCCUCACAGAGGUAUGUAAAGGUUAUGGUGAAUUGCCUAAAUUGUGUUAUUUUAACCAUGUACUUACUAUUGUCUAGGUAUGUAUCGGUU